UGUACGACUUUCUGGCUGACCUUGUGAGUUGGUAGUACAGAACACCUUCAGGUUUCACACCAUACUUGAGGUCUCUCUAGAAAUCUAUAAAUUGACAUCUUAUUUGGUCUUUUCACUUUAUUUUUUUUAAAAUAGAGAUUAUUUGAUUUUCAUUUGCAAAGAACUUCUACAAGAAAGUUAUUUUUUAGGUCGAAGUCGGGUUUUCAGCUUCAAUUUGCCUCAACUGAAUCCAAUUUAUUAAAUUAUAUGCUUUAGGUUAAAUAGAACCUCAAAUUACAUACUGUUCACGUGUGAUUUUCUUCUUGAAGGCUUUGUUCGCUUGCUUUUAGUCUUUCGAAAAUCGACAACUUUUUGGCUCACUCAUAAGGCUAACUUUACCAAUUGCUCUUUCCAACCCGUUUUGCAUAGUUUUCAAGUUGUUACCAAUCUUUUUUUUUUCCUUGAUUUUCUUUCUCUACAAAUUCAGCUCGGUAUUUACCAAUUUUUUUCCCCAGGGUUUUUAAAUUCAACUCCCUCUUAAUGCGUUCGGUUAUUGUUUUUCAUAACGUGAACGAAGUCUCAAUUUUGGAUCUCAAAAGAAGGGGAAGACCGUCUAUCCUCUUACAUUUGUUAUAUCAUUCUCAAUGAUUGUGGUCAAUAAUGCCAAAAUGGCUUGCAUGAAGUGUAUCCGUGGCCAUCGUUCAUCCAGUUGUAAGCAUGAUGAUCGAGAACUUUUCCCCAUUCGACCAAGAGGUCGACCUAUCAGUCAAUGUGAAAAGUGUCGCCAAGCUAGAAUUAAGCGUCAUAUUCAUGUAAAGUGUACUUGCAGUUCAAAUACCGAAAAACGCCAACCUCAGAUAAAGAAGAUGCGUAAUAAGCUUCCCGAGGUUGAUGUUACAUCCUCAGUUCCUACAAAUUCUGAUCCUUCCCCCUCCUCUUGCUGUGCGCGGCGUCAUUCACAUGCUCCUUUACCAUUUUUAGUUCCAUCUAAUUCAAAGAUGUCCGACUCGGAUGAUAUCAUACAUGCUUCUGAAAAAUCGGAAAGUCCAAGAUCUUUGUAUGCUUCUACUCAGCACCCUUACCAUGCAUAUUCAGGUGCUGGCUUCUAUAGGCGUCCAGAAGUUCCUGAAUGUUAUUACAAAGAUUUUUACCAUAAUAAUCAUUAUGUCCCUUCUCCUCAGUGGUUCCCCAAUCGCGAUAAUUACCAAUUGCAUUCAAAUGAAGGGCCCUUACAGACUUUUAAUUUUGAAAACGAUACUUCCGGAUUACAGCAUGAAGUGAAUAAUCUUCAAGGGUUCUCUGUAGAUCAUCAAAAAGAGACGAUAACUGAUUUUCCAGAGUCUUCCGCCUACAAAGUUUUGUUUAAUUCCGAGGACUCCAUUGCAGCCGCGGCAGCUAGUCAUCAUCUGUACCCUCAACCAAACUCUCCUUACCCGUUUGCAAUGUUGGAUGAUGGCUCUUAUAUACCAUUAAGCCACAACCCGUCAUCUCACUCACCCGUAUAUUCAUCUCCUAAUCUUUUAAAUGGCAUAAAACCUGAAAGUGAUUCCAAUGUUCAUUCUCAUAAUUUUCCUAUCCAAUUAUCCGACUAUUUUACCCUUCCCAGUGACUGUGCUCAGGGUUCAUCUCAUUGUAAAUGUGAUGAUAACUGUCAAUGCCUUGGAUGUUUGACUCAUCCAAACAACCCAACGACACUCGCAGCUCUAAAUCACAUUUCUGCAUUACAAGAAGAACAGAAGGACCCUAUUAUACCUCCUUCGUUUUUAGAAGAGAAACUUCUGUUUGACAAUUUUGACGACGGAAUACCUGGCGCUUCUGUAACUCAGCAUGGUUCUAAUAAUCAAGAAAACAUUCAAUAUCCUUUAAGUAAGUUUCGCCUUACUCCCGAAAUAAUUUGAUUAUUUAAUUUCUUAGUUCUUCCGUGUAUAUACCUGUUUCCUUCAAAUUGUUUUUAUAUAUGUCUUUACGUUAUAACAAAAAAAAAGAACUUUGUACUCUACUCUUAAUCUAAUAAAAAUUCAUUUUUGAAUUUACAAAUGACAAACGAUGAUUGAGAUUACUAGAUGUUUUUAUUCCAUAACUGUUCAUCACUCAUCUCGAUACAAGCCUUUUGAUGUAGCUCUUGCAAAGCACACAAACGCAGGAUAUACUCUAAUAGAGAAAGUGAUUCUGGGUUAGACAAAUAAAGUGACGUAGCUGGAUUUAUGUUCAACGAAUGCAUUGCAUUUACAAUUUCUUCUUCAUCUGUAGCAACAUUUUUUGUAUCCAUUGUUCGAUUGUCCUGCACCUUGCUUAUUGCUGUGGUAUGCUCUUCUGAAUCGUUAAUUGUACUAGAUUCUGAAUUCAGGUCACUUUCUGAAUCUGAAGAUGCUUCGAAAGAAGUAUCUUCAUACCUUUCUAAAGCAAUCCAGUCUGUUCUUGUAGUAUUGAAAGUGUCUUUGCUUAACUUUUCUUCUGUUGCAUCAUUUAUAGGAGCAGGUGUCCCUUCUGGAAUUGAAGUACCUAAAGUAUCUUCUUCAGGGGAGGGCUGCAUUAGCUGAACAGCAAGAACAGGAGAUCUUGAUUGAGGUAUGUCUAAUAGCUUUCCAGAAACAGUGUAGCACAAUAUAGACAUACAAUUAAUAGGAUAUUCUAUAGUUUUUCCCUUUACGGGGCCCGACAAGGCUUUGUCAGCUAGUUCUUCAUGAUAUCGUCCGUCAUUCAAGUCUUCUUCAAUUAUCAAUGCAUAUCGAAAUUUCUCCUCAGAAGGAAUUCUUCUCACGUAUACCAAACUCUUAGGAUAUUCUUCCUUCCAAGAAACGUCAGACGGACCAUCAUUUUGCAUAGAACGAUGAAAGGUUUUAUAAAACCUUGUGCUUGCAGCAAACGAGAAGGGGACAACGACUCUUUAAGUGCUGAACUCAAAGUCACGCCUGAAGUUGUAAGAGAAAGAUUAAUUAAAGGAAUGGUCUAAAAGUAAUGAAUAUUUGUUAGCAAUCCAUUUAGUAAUAAGAAUUGACGAGCAUACCUGCUCAAUUUCCUUUAGUAAACUUUCACAGCUAGUGUGAAUGUCUUUGGAUGCUUCUUCAAGAUUUUCCUGAUCUGGAUUUAAUAAAUCCUUUUCAUUUACGAAUUCAGAAAAUUCAUUGAUGUGAUCUCGAAGUCUUUGAAUUAGAGGUACGAGGUUUUGUAAACUAGAAUUUCCGCGCGCAGCUCUAAAAUAUGUAAGUAUACUGAUGUGCAACUAACUUGCAAGAAAAAGUAACUUUUCCAAAGUUUAAUAAAAGCAUCCAUUCCAGAUACUUUAGGUCUUUUUAUCUUACAUGAGCUCAAUCAAGUCAACAGCAGGUGUGAUAGCCUAGUAUGUCAGUCAAAGUCUAUUAUAAGGAUAGUACUGGGUUAAGCCGAGUUCCAAAUACUAGAGCAAGGGUUGUUAUGUAUGUAUAUGCUCAACAGUCAAAAAUUCAGUCCUACACUUACCAGGAUCUUCUGUUCUAGUCUUGAUUUUACAAGCUCCAAAUUAGAUUGGGAAGAUUCAGGAGCAGAUUGCUAUACCAAUUGUUAGCUUCAGUAGGUAAAAUUAACGCGAGCUACUGGUUAAAAAACGACGACUUCAAUUACCUAUAUUUAUCAGCGUACCUGAAUGAAGCUUGUGAGACGUUUUGCUGCCAAUGAUCCUGCCCAAUUCACUCCUGUUCGAAUCGCAUAGGCAGUCGCGUAUGUCGCAGCACUCGCCGUAACUUUUGUGAGAAUUUGAUCCAUACACUUAUUAGUGAAAUAAUAGAAGUUUCUAUAUUGCGAAAUCAAGCAACGUGUCCUAGUCUCUAUAUGGUCUGUCUUCGACAGCGUUUUGACGAUAUAUGAGUUACGAUUUGUUGUUACUUGAACGUAGUAAUAUUAUUUAGGCCUUCUUUAGUAGUAUUAUUGUCACAAGUCUAAAAGAUUGUUUUUAUACUUUUAUUGAAGUUGAAUAAUGCAGUACUCAUGAAGAACAACUAUACCCUUGGACCUGAAGGCUAAGAUUUGCAUAUAGGAAUAUCAGAAGCUGCCUGUGAAAAAAUGGAGACGCAAAAUUCUGCAUCUUCACCCAAAAAGUAGCAGCAUUAUAUCACAUAGUUGUCAAUAUGCUCAUUAGGAUUAUUAUGCGCUAGUUUGUCACAGGUGAAAUCUCACAGGCUACGAGAAUACUACACAAAUUGUAUGAGCAAUUUACUUAGCUAGAUCAGUCAAGUCUUCCAACCUUAAAAAUUUAUCUGGCUAUUCGUGUCAUACUUCUAAUUAAUAACAAUCUUUAUUCAGAC